UUCCUGUACUUGGAGUCUUGGUCUUCAUUCAGAUCAUUCUUUCACAACUAUACCACCUGCUAUGUACAGACACCAUUCUGCCUUCCACCUCUCCGGUGGCGGUGGCGGCGGCUAAGUUUCACAGCAGCAACAGCCUCCUACGGUAACACUUUUUAAAAUCCCAGUUUUGGUCUCCAAAACCCUCCCUGCUGCCUUAACUUUCCUUCAACAACAACAACAACUCCUCACUUCAAAAAAACAAAACAAAGCUACUACUCGGAUCAUGGAGAAGAUCGACUCUGCCGUCACAAACGCCAGACACAAUAUAAUCGCUGCCGGAGAGAGCGUGACGGCAAGGAAAGUGUCUCAGGUUGCACUGCUCAUCCUCAACCUCGACUCUUGGAAUUCUCUUGGCAUUCCAAUGCAGGAGGUCCCCAGUCUUCACCGCCUUAUGCUUCUUGAAGGGAAGAUAAAUGCAUUUAUCCAUUGCUUUGUUGGGGUCCAAAGAAUUACCUCAUUGUAUGAUUUGGAAGUGGCAAUCUGUAAGAAUGAGGGCGUAGAUAGCUUCGAAGAGCUCGAAUUGGGGCCUUUGGUGCGACACCCACUUGCCUUGCAUUAUUUUUCACUCAAACCUGAUGCCACUGAAGUUUUUAAGAUAACCGGUGAGGAGGUAAUUAGUUUCCUCUGGAAGUUCGUAUAUAGGACGAAGAAGAAGAAUAACAAUGUUCAAGCUGAAGAGUUUUUGGAUAGGAAGAAGAAGAAUAAGAGUUAUUACAUUGACAAUAUUCAAGUUGAAGAGUUUUUGGAUUUUAUUGCUAAGAGGCGUUCCGUUGCCAGCAAGGAAGAACUUUGCUUACGAAUUCAAAACUUGGGGAUGCAUAUUUCUGCUGUCCGAAAAGCCAUGAACGCACAAACUGCCAUUUUAAAGAGACCUGCAGAUGCUACUUCUAUUUCUCAGCGUAUCGAAUCAAUCUCCUCUGCACAGAAGGAUUUUCGUGGCAAGCGCAUCAGAUUUGUUUCGUCAAGCUCCAGUGACGAUGAAAUUGAUGAUGAUCCCAACAAUGCUAACUUGCCAUCACAAAAUGUUGCAAGUUCUGACCAAAUGACUAGUUGUCCUCACCCAGCUGAAAUUGAAGAGAUGACAAGGAUUGGGCGGGAUGACGACAUGUGGGAGUACCCUGCUCCUGCUAGUGGCAGCCCAAGACAAAAUGAGAGUUGUUAUCAACAUUCAUGUUCCACCAUGCCUGGACCCUCUGGAUCAUCUCAAAAUAUAAAAAAGAAAGAUAAAAUGGAAAAGAAAAAUAAAAAAGAAAAGAAAAGAAAUUUUAAUGAAGCUGAUCUUGCAGUCGAUAAUCAAUCUAUAAAGAAAUUCAUUACGAACUGGAAGAAGGCAUGUCAGGACCAUACUGAGCCUGAUAAGGUUUUCGGGAGGAUGCUUCAAUUUUAUAACAUAAAAGAUCGACGAAUAAAGAAAAUCAAAUCGAUGUUCUCAAAUUUUCCAUUUGAUGGAUUAAUAAAUACUGCUGUAUUAUCUACCAAAUCUGGAAUGUGGGACAGCAUAUUUGAUACCAUCCUAGCCAUUGAUCAACAGGAAUUAACCAGCUCACAUAUGCAAAACCAAUCUGAAUAUGAGAUCAUAGAUGUUGAACCAAGUGUUAAAGAGGCACCUGAGCAUAGUGUUGAGCUUACACACAGUGUUUCUGUUGAGGACAUUAUUAGGAAAGUUGCAAUGUAUUUCCAUGGAAUCCAUAGUUAUGGUCAAUCAGUUCUAGAAAAGAGAAUUAACAUCUUACGGAAGCUCUGUGAUUGUGAGUUUUGGCUAGCGGAGCAAUUUUGUGUCAAUACAUUUAAAUCGCUUGGUUUUGGGGAGUUUUUAAUGUUUCUAGAAAAACAUGCCUCCCUGCUACCUGAAGAAAUACACGAGUUCUUAACAGGUGACAUAUGUGAAAAAUCCCCUUUCAAGGUUUGCAUGCUUCAGCAUCAGCUGGUUGUUUUAGUAUCACAAGCUCUGAAUGGCUGCAUAGGGGAGAAAGAAAUAGUGAGCAAACAGAUGAUUUCUUCACUGCUUAUGAGGCAAUUCCCAUUGAUCAGUUUCAAAAUUUCGGAAGAUGGUUGUGUGUCAGACUUCCUAGAUAUUUUGGGGAAGCAUAAGACCAAUGUAAUUUCUAAAGGAGUCCUAUUUUCUGUAACAUUAUUUGAAAUGUGUUAUGUUGGAGACUCAACAGCCCAUAAUGGAAGUGAACUAUUAGAAACCACCAAGGUGAGAAUUGACGUCAGCCAGAAAGUAGGAGCCUUGGAAUCUCUUACAUCCAAGGAUGCAAUUAAGGCCUUACUUAGGGCACCGCUGAUGUCAGAUCUAAACGCAUGGGCACAUUGGGACCUGAUCUUUGCUCCCUCACUUGGUCCUCUUGUACCAUGGUUGUUGAAUGAAGUAAACACGAAAGAAUUAUUGUGUUUAGUGACUAAGGAUGGCAAAGUCAUGCGCAUUGAUCAUUCGGCUACUGUGGACUCAUUCUUGGAAGCUGCACUUCAAGGAUCUCCUUUUCAAACAGCUGUGCAGCUGUUAUCUUUGUUCUCAUUAGUUGGAGGAGAAAAAUAUGUUCCCUUGUCCCUUUUAAAAUGUCAUGCACGUCAUGCAUUUGAAGUCAUUUUGAAGAAUUCUCUUGAGAGUAGAGAAGUAAAUGACACUCAGAGCUCUCUCAUGCAAGGAAACACCUUAUAUAGGCAGAAAAUUGUUGAUAAGGCUGCUACUAGUAGUUUUAGUAGCGAGUUACACAAAAGUUUAUGCAAAAUGAAUAAAGCAGUGCCUGUUGUAUCAAGAUUUUUCCUUGAUUGUCUUGGCUAUUUACCCACAGAGUUUUGUGGUUUUGCUGCUGAUGUUUUGCUUUCUGGAAUGCGAUCUGUCAUCAAAGAUGCUAAUUCAGCCAUUUUGUGUGAAUGCAACAAAAGGGAAGAGCGUGUCAUGCUUCAUGAAGUUGGAUUGUCUCUUGGUAUAGUGGAGUGGAUCAAUGAUUACCACGCAUUUUGUUCUGCUGAUAUUACUGAUUUUUUCCCAUCUGGAACUUCAUGCUUGGAAUCCGCUGGGCCUGAGAAAAGCAAUGGCUCCAAGAAUAUUGAAGAUUUACCAGGUAAGUCUUCCACUUCCAAAGUAAAAUUGAAUGUACCUUGCGUGACAGAUGGGCAGAAUGAAGAACUUACUGGAGUUUGUCAAUCAAUCAAUGGGGUAGAAGUUUUUGAUGAUAGAAUUAGCAGUGGUCACUUGCAACGUUUAUCUGAACUUAAUGAAGAUAAGAAUGCAGCCCUGGUCAUUGAAUCUAUUAGGCGGGAUGAAUUUGGCCUUGAUCCAAGUCUUUCAAACACUGAAAUUAGCAUGUUAAAGAAACAGCAUGCUCGCCUAGGGAGAGCACUUCAUUGUCUUUCACAAGAAUUAUAUUCUCAGGAUUCACAUUUUCUUCUUGAGCUGGUUCAGAAUGCUGAUGAUAAUAUUUAUCUGGAAAAUGUGGAACCAACUCUGACAUUCAUUCUUCGAGACUCAGGCAUUGUUGUCCUAAAUAACGAGCAAGGAUUUUCUGCUCAAAACAUCAGAGCACUUUGUGACGUUGGAAAUUCAACAAAGAAAGGAUCUAAUGCUGGGUAUAUAGGGAAGAAGGGCAUCGGUUUCAAAUCAGUCUUCCGGAUCACAGAUGCUCCAGAGAUUCAUUCUAAUGGGUUUCAUGUCAAAUUUGAUAUAAGUGAGGGUCAGAUUGGUUUUGUUUUGCCAACAAUAGUACUUCCUUGUGAUAUUGACUUGUUCAGUAGGCUGGCAUCUAGUGACACUGAUCAUUUGGAUGAUCAAUGCUGGAACACUUGCAUUGUACUUCCUUUCAGAUCAAGAUUUUCGGACAGUACUGUCAUGAGCAGCAUUAUCACUAUGUUUUCAGAACUUCACCCGUCUUUAUUGCUUUUUCUUCACCGGCUUAAGUGCAUUAAGUUUAGAAACUUGCUCAAUGAUUCACUCAUUGUGAUGAAAAAAGAAAUUGUGGGAAAUGGCAUCAUAAGGAUUUCACAUGGAAAUGAGAAAAUGACAUGGUUUGUAGCAUCGAAGAAGUUGUGGACGGAGGUCAUUCGUCGUGAUGUGCAAACAACAGAGAUCUCUAUAGCAUUUACGUUGCAGGAAUCAAUUGACGGGGAUUACAUUCCACUUCUAGACCAGUGGCCUGUUUUUGCAUUUCUUCCUUUAAGGACUUAUGGUCUGAAAUUUAUUCUUCAAGGUGAUUUUGUUCUUCCGUCAUCUAGAGAGGAAGUGGAUGGAGAUAGCCCCUGGAAUCAGUGGUUAUUGUCUGAGUUUCCUGGUUUGUUUGUUGAUGCUCAGAGAUCCUUCUGCACUCUUUCAUGUUUUAGAGAGAAUCCAGGAAAGGCUGUGUCUGCUUUUAUGAACUUUGUUCCGCUUGUUGGGGAAGUUCAUGGUUUCUUUUCAAGUCUUCCCCGGUUGAUUAUUUCUAAAUUACGUAUGACAAACUGCUUACUUCUGGAAGGAGGAAAUGACAGAUGGGCUCCUCCUUGCAAGGUUCUAAGAGGUUGGAAUGAACAGGCUCGCAUUCUUCUUCCUGAUAGUAUGCUCAGUGAGCACCUUGGCCUUGGAUUCUUGGAUAGAAAUAUACAAAUUUCUGAUUCAUUAGCAAGGUCACUGGGUAUUGAGGAUUACGGACCUAAAAUUCUACUACAAUUUAUGUGCUCUCUGAGUCAUGUGGAGAAUGGCAUCAAAUCCAUGGGCCUGCAUUGGUUGUCUUCUUGGCUGAAUGCACUUUAUACAAUGUCAUUCCAUUCAUCUAGAAAAACUUUCUUAAACUCUGAUACAGAAGGUGAUCUCAUAGAGAACCUUCAAAAAAUAUCAUUUAUUCCUCUUUCAGAUGGUACAUACAGUUCAGUGAAUGAAGGUACAAUCUGGUUACAAUCUGAUACUGUAAGCACUGGGUUUGAUGGCAAGCAUGGACUUGAAGCUUUCCCAAAUUUAUUUGCUAAACUUCGAACUGUGAAUCCUGCCCUCCUUUCUGCAUCAACCGUUGAUACCUCAUGCAUGGAUAUGAGUUUAGUGGGCAACCUUACCAACAUGCUUCAUAGAAUUGGUGUCCAGUGGUUGUCUGCUCAUGAAAUUGUGAAGGUGCACAUCUUGCCAGCUGUAUCUGAUGACAGAAUUACAAAUAGGGACAAGAAUUUGAUGACAGAGUAUGUUUGCUUUGUAAUGAUCCACCUACAGUCUAGCUGCCCCGAUUGUUUUGUUGAAAGGGAGAACAUAAUCUCCCAAUUACGAAAUAAAGCUUUCAUUUUAACAAAUCAGGGCUUUAAACGGCUUGUUGAGGUGCCAAUUCAUUUUAGUAAAGAAUAUGGGAAUCCAUUCAAUGUGAAUAAGUUGAUUAAUGUUGUAGAUAUGGAAUGGCAUGAAGUUGACACCACUUAUUUGAGGUAUCCAGUUACUGAAUCACUCUCAUGUGGACUGGUGAAAUGGAGGGAAUUUUUCCAGGAAAUAGGUGUUGUGGAUUUUGUGCAAAUUAAUCAAGUUGAUAAGACUGUUUCUGAUCUAUCUCAUAUCAAUUUUAAGAAUCUAAUGUGGGAAAGAGACCUGAUUUCCCCUGAAUCAAUUGCCAAAGACUGGGAAUCCCGUGAAUUGGUCCAUUUAAUCUCUGUAUUGUCCAAAAAUGGCAUGCAGCAAAGUUGUAUAUACCUGUUAGAGAUUUUUGAUACACUAUGGGAUAGUUGUUUUAGUGACAAAGUGAUGGGUUACUGCAAUCCUAACUCUAGCGGAGAUAGCAAACCCUUCAAGUCUUCUUUUAUGAGCAGCAUCUGUGAUGUCCAGUGGGUAGUAUCUAGCAUGGAUGAUGAGCUUCACUAUCCCAAAGAUUUAUUUUACGAUUGUGAAGCUGUACAUUCAAUUCUGGGUGAUUCUGCUCCAUAUGCUGUUCCAAAGGUACAAAAUGGAAAGCUAGUAAGUGAUAUUGGGUUUAAGAUUAAAGUUACUAUUGAUGACAUUUUGGAAAUUCUAAAAGUGUGGAGAAUUUCUCAGAGACCUUUUAAUGCCAGCAUAUCACAAAUGUCAAACUUGUACACAUUCAUUUGGAAAAAAAUGGCUACUUCAAGGCACAAAAUCACAGAGGCAUUACAUUCUGGAUCUUGCAUAUUUGUUCCCUAUGCAUCUGGCUCUAGUCAUGAGGAUGUGGUACCUGGUAUGUUUCUGUCUCCAGAAGAAAUAUGUUGGCAUGAUCCAACUGGUUGUCUAGACCAAAUUAAGGAGAUGAAUCCUCAGUGCAGUUUGACAGAAGUGAUUCAUUGCCCCUUAAACAAGACACUGAGCAAUAUAUAUCCAGGCCUUCGUGACUUUUUCGUUUACAGUUGCAGAGUACAUGAGACCCCUCCUCUCCGUAGCUACCUACGGAUUUUGCUCCAGCUAUCUACUGUUGCUUUGCCUUCACAAACAGCUAAUGCAGUUUUCCAUGUAUUUCUCAAGUGGAGCGAUGGGUUGAAAUCUGGACUCUUGAGUCCUGAAGAUAUCAUUUACUUGAAAGAGCGUCUUAUGAAAUUGGACUAUGCGGUACUUCCAACUGAACAAGACAAGUGGGUUUCCCUACACCCUCUCUUUGGCCUUGUGUGCUGGUGUGAUAGUCUGAAGUUACAAAAGCAAUUUAAGCAUUUCGAUAAGAUUUAUUUUUUGUACUUCGGCAAACUUAGUGAGGAUGAAAAAAAGAUACUUCAAACGAAAGUGUCUGUGCUCAUGCAAACCAUAGGGAUUCCUGCUCUGUCAGAGGUUGUUACUCGUGAAGCAAUAUAUGAUGGUCUGGCAGACUCUAGCUUCAAAGCUUCAUUAGUGGGCUGGAGUCUUCCUUAUGCUCAACGCUACUUCUGUAGUUUACACUCUGAAAAAUAUUUUCAACUCAAGCAGUCUGGAUUUGAUAUUCUGAACCGUUUACAAGUAGUUGUUGUUGAAAAGCUUUACUACAGGAAUGUCAUAAAAAGUUGUGGUGGUGCAUCUAAGAAGCAAAUUGAAUGUAGUUGCCUACUUCAGGACAACGUUUUGUACACAACCCAAGAAUCCGAUUCUCAUGCCCUAUUUAUGGAGCUGUCUCGUUUGUUAUUUGAUGGAACUCCUGAUUUACACUUGGCAAAUUUCCUUCACAUGAUCACAACCAUGGCUGAAUCAGGUUCAACUGAGGAGCAAACAGAAUUUUUCAUCUUGAAUAGCCAAAAGUUACCUAAGCUUCCUAAUGAAGAACCCGUUUGGUCCCUCCCGUCCAUACCUUCACAGACAAAGAAUGAUGACUCACUCCAAACAACUUUUGAUUCGACAACACUGGAUGAGCGAAGUCAUUUAAAGUCCAAAAAGAAGGCUGGAAAUAACUCAAACUGGCCACCAGCGGACUGGAAAACUGCACCUGGUUUUAGUCAUGCUCGUUUAAGUGGUUUUAAGACUCAGGCAACAACUGCACAGCCUAGCAGCAGCCCACGAAAGGACAAUUCUGAAGGUAUAGUCAUGCAAACUGAUAAUGUUGUUCCUAUCUCAAUUGUUGAUGAUUGGACCAUUGAAGAUGAUUCAGCUGCAGCUUCAAAAGCUUUAGUUUUGUCAGACUGCAACAAUUUGGAAAAUCAGUCUGGCCAUGCUCCCAGUCAUGCUGAUUUUACUAUGGAUGUUGACUUCGAUUCUGUUGAUUUAGAUCCCACAUCUGAUGGCCCUGAGUUGGAUGCAUCUAAUUUUAGCAUGAGAGAUCAUCUUAGAUUAGGUACCCCCGAUGGAGCACAAGCCAUGCAAACGGGGAGGCUAGGUGAGAGUAUUGCUUUCAAAUACAUUAUUGGGAAAUUUGGUGGGACAGUAGUGAAGUGGGUUAAUGAAGAUAGUGAAACUGGGUUACCUUAUGACAUUAUAGUAGGGGAGGAGAAUAGCAGAGAGUUCAUUGAAGUUAAAGCAACUAAAUCUCCAACAAAAGACUGGUUCGAUAUAUCAAUGAGAGAGUGGCAAUUUGCAGUGGAAAAGGGAGAAUCAUUCAGCAUUGCACAUGUUGUUUUGUUAGGUAAUAAUGUUGCAAAGGUCUCAGUAUUUAAGAAUCCAGUAAAGUUAUGUCAACUAGGCAAUUUGCAGUUGGUUGUUAUGAUGCCCAGGAAGCAGCAGGAAUUUUCCGUUGUCUCCUAACGGUAACAGACUCUCAUUUUUUAUCUGUGCUUAUGGGUUAUAUUGACUCUCUGAAGUCUUUAGCCUAACCAUAACUGCCUUUAUGGAAAUACACUGAAAUGACAGAGGAUUGUGUACAGUGACUCUUUACCUCGACUUGACGCAUGAAAAACUUAUUACCUUUCCACGGUUGGUGGGUGAGUCCAGUUUGUUUUAGGCAGAAUGUCUAUGUUGCUACCAUAUUGUAUAUAAAACUUCAUUGAAGGCCCCUCGUAUGUAAAUCAUAGAUAAAAAUUUUCUUGUAGGCAGAAUGUCUAUUUUGCUACCAUAUUGUGAUUUUCUUUAUUUUUUAUCUUUUACUAGCUUGUAACCU